UAUUGUUCUUAAAAUAUUAGUGGCGUCUCUACGUUGAUUUCGAAAAUAGAAAUUUUACCGGAGUAAACAUCAGUGAAAGAAGUAUUCGCUGACGACUCCCGUUGUUAGAGCAGUGAAUUCGAUCAUAUGUUUGAGGGUUCAAAGGUUGGACUGCAGAAGGCUAUAGGCAGGCAACCGGGAUUUCAAAGCUGAAAAUCAUGCACUGAUGGUGGUGCCUGAUUGUGUGUAAGAAACGAAACCAUCCUUUACUGCUGUUUAAAUUGUGGAUAACGCGAGACAGUAAUUGGUAUGGAGAGAACCGAAACAGAAUUUCAUAAAAAAGAAGGUACCGGUAUGAACGAAAAUGGCAUUCAAAUUAAAAAGGAAGAAGAAUAUUCGGAGUUCCUGGCACUUUUCAGUAGUAGCUGUGAGCAGGAGUAUGUUCCUCCAAAUUGUAUCUACAUCAAAGAAGAAGAUUUGGUUACUGAGGAACUGGUAGUGAAGGAUCCUGAGGAUGAAGAAGUUGAUGUUGAAAACAUUGAUGAUCACCUACAGGACGGUGACAUGAAAGAUGUUCAAGAGUUCCCUCACAAUGUGAUGGAACCCCUAGUACAAGUAGAAACCCAAGAGUGCAAGCAGGAAUGGGAUGCAGAGGAAGUUGUCGAAAGCUGUGAUACAGCAGUCGGGGUGGCGUCAUGCCCGGAGUGUGGCCUGCAGCUGCCGGACGGUGCGUCGCUUUCGCGCCACGUGCUGUCCCACCAGCUGCAGCGCCGCCUCACCUGUGCGCUCUGCGGCCAGCUGUGCUCGAGCUCCGUAAUGCUCAUGCGCCACCUCCACUCUGCACACGCCGUCGACAUGCCGGCUGCUGGGGUGCCGUCCUCUUCCGCCUCACCCGAGGACACAAUGGCUCCAGUGAGGAGGACAAAACGCCCGUACGUCCGCAGGGCCGUGCCUGCCGUCACAGCGAGGGUGCGGAGCCCCAGUGAGAAGCAGGAGUACCAGUGCUCACAGUGCAACAAGAUGUUCCACAGCCGCUACCGCCUGGAGACCCACGAAAGGAUGCACAAGGAGGGGGGACUCUUCCCUUGCAUGUACUGCCCCAAGUGCUUCACACGUGAGAACGCACUCAAGACUCACCUUCUCAAGCAUAAUGGUGAAAAGCCAUUUGUGUGCACACAGUGUGGGAAUCGGUUCCGCAACAAGCACAAUCUGACAGUGCAUAUUCGGCUGCACACUGGAGAACUACCGCACGAAUGCAAAAUAUGUGGCAAACGUUUCCGUAUCAAGUGCUCACUCACUGUUCAUAUGCUGGAACAUGCUGGUGAAACGCCCUACAAGUGUGCCGUCUGCAACAAAGGGUUCAAAACAAAAAGGUGUGCAAAAGUGCACAUGCGCAGCACUCACACGGGAGACCGGCCCUUUGUGUGCCACCUUUGUGGGAAGCGCUUUGCGUGGUGUGGUGAGCUUAACAAGCACAUAAAGAUACAACACACAGGUGUCAUUCCACCCAGGCCAUACAGGUGCAGGAAGUGUUUCACCAAGUUCAGGCUUAAGCCAGACUAUGACAAGCAUGUUGCCAGCUGUACCGAGCUAGCUGUUCCCCAAGGAGCACUGCGUUACGAAUGUCACGAAUGCGGAGAAAAGUUCCAUCGCAGGAUUGCACUCAGAUAUCAUUUGGAAGAUGCACAUGGGGCAACCUCAAAAGCUAUUGGACAAUUUGAGUGCGAGCCAUGUGGGCGCAGGUUUUUGAGGAAGACAACGCUUCGGAUUCAUAUUCGAAGGCAUCUCGAACCCAAUGCUGAGGCGGAAAAUGAAUGCCCCUAUUGUAAACUGCAGUUGCAUUCAAGGGGUUCACUUGAGCGACAUGUGAGAACCCAUACAGGUGAAAGACCAUUUGCCUGUCCUCAGUGUAAUAAAAAGUUUGGGCGCAAUGGCGACCUCGCGAAGCACCUGCGUACACACGUCGAUGUACCGACUGAGACGUGUGACCAGUGCGGUAAGACGUUCCGCUGGAGGAGUGCCCUGUACAGGCACAUACGUGGCAUGCACACAGUUGAGCGCCCCCACGAGUGCUCCCUGUGUGGCAGCUGUUUUGCUUGGGGCAACGAACUUAGAAAGCACAUGCGCCUACACACACGAGGGAAUCCGUACCCCUGCCACCUUUGCCCGCGACAGUUCCCCACCAAACGAAUUUUGACGAAUCACCUCCUGGAACAUACAGGAGAAGUGCCAGAUGAUUAGGCAGGGUACGGCACAUUCCAAUCUGAUAAAUCUGGUAACAGUUUUACUGGUACCAGUUUUGCAGGGUUUUGUACAAGCAACUUGUGAAGUACCUGAUCAGAGUAUAAAUUCCCUUGUAGUUGUAACUCAUGCUAGAAACUUGCACAGCGUCUACUGAUAAGGACAUCCAUUUAAUAUUUCUUUUCUUGAAUACAGUAAUCUUUAAAGAGUCAUUUCCUUUUAAUGCAUAUUGAAGUCCUGGGUGACAUAGUAGUUAAAUCACCUUUCUAGAUACAUUACAUUAAAUAAGAUACUGUAUGUGUCUAAGGAGAGGGGCAUUUAGCCCUUAUUUUUCAGAUUUUUUCUUCCUUUACAUAUAUGUAUACAUCAUUGCCCACUGAACUGCUAGAUAACAUGAAGUGUGUCUUGGGAAAUACCAACAACAAAAAGUAUACAUAUUGCCAUUUAAAAACCAGUGUAGAUCGCUGCAAUUUUGUGAUUGCAUUCACUAGUUGAAACAGACUUGUGAGGUCUUUGAUGUUUAUCCUGGUUGAAAUUUUUGGCUUUGGUGUAUUCAUUAUUAUAUGUACAGUUAUUGUCAAAAAUUUUCUGGCUCCUGUCAUAGUCUUCCCAAAACUAUUAGUGACAGUUUGAGAUUCCAAAACUUAGUCUUGCAGCAGCGCAACCUAAUGAAAUCUUCUUGAGCUCCAAGCGAUUCAUAUCCUAUAGGCUUUCAGCCAGGCACUACCCGUCCGUUUGUGAAACGAGUCAUUGUACAAUAGCUUUAUAAUAUAGAAAUCAAAUUGUUCUUCAUAAUAUAUGUUUCCUGUCUUCAACAAGUGGGUUCUGGGACCACCAUAAAAGAACCCACAGGUGUUAAAGUAACAGUAAUAGCCUCAAUAAAGACAGCUGAAUACAGCAUGGGAACCAACAACAAGUUUGCACAGUGGAUGCAAAGUGAGAACAUUCCCUUACAAAUGAAAGGAUUAAGUGCUAGUGAUGAUAUGAUUGGCAGCACAGGUAUUAUAAAGACAAUACCAUCACCCGCAGAACAGUCAGUAGCUGUCAGGGAAUAUUUGGCUGGAAGCUGAUGAAGAUUACGCCACUGGACGCAGCUGGAAGCUCAAGAAGUUUCUAUGAAAUAGUAAUGAUGAAGUUGGUCAAGGGUUAACUUGGCAUGUUGGAAUCACACCUUCUGUCUGUCUGUCUGUUUCUUAUGAAUUUGCUAAUCUUAAAGAAGCAUGAACUUAAUAUUUUUACACUCUGUUGUUUGUACCUGCAGUCCAUUGACUGAAUGUAGAGGUUUAAAUGUUGUGUUGACGGACAAUGAUAUUUGAUUUUUAAAACUUGUAGCUGUAAGGUUGCAUUUGUACCACAGUGAAGUGCUUUGUAAUAAUAACUUAGAGCAAAACACAAUUUUUUGUUUCUUACUGUAGCAAAGAUGUUUUUGAGGACUGUAUUACCAUUAUUAGUUGUUUGUUUUACUAUUUUAUUAAACAUUUGAUUGUGAAUAUGGCUCUCUAACUAAGUCAGAAUAGACAUGCUUUUAUUACAGUUCACCAUUGCAGUGGUUCUUCAGAAGUGUUGUUAUUAAAUUUUUGUUUAAUCAUCAUGUUUUUGAGAUGCUAGUGUGUAUCUGGUUCAUUACAGUAAAAAAUUGUUUACAGAGGGUUUUGUUUGUUGCUGGAGCUGUCUGCUAUGGUUGUCUGGGAAUCAGAAACUGUUUCAUAGCAGAGAGGAGCUUUAUUGUAGCUUUUUCAUGCUGAGUAAAUUGAGAUAGUUAUAGCAGUGGUUUUGUGUACAGUGCAAUAAUUUAUUGUAAGCUGUGAGUAGUCAAAAUUUUAUUAAUGCCAUCACUGAAACCAUUGUAGAUGACAGACUAUAGUAAAGGCAUGCCUGUUGCAACUGAAGUGGAACACCUCAUGCACAACCAGAUUUGAAUUGUAAUAAAUCUUGUACCUUAUGACAGUGCAAUAGUACUGGAACAUGUCUGGGCAAGGAACUGUAUUUAGUCAAUGUAAUGAUCUCAAAGUACUAUAGAUCAUAAACAUUGUCAGGGUGUUAGUCAGUUAUUUGGAAGAGGUGUCUUUAUUAUGUACCAUUUCACAUCACAGCAUUUACAGUUCUUAGUAAUUACUUAAUUGUUAUUGUCAUAUGUUUGGAAUAACAGCUUUGUUGGAAUGAAAUAUGCCCAACAGAAAAGGGGCAACAAAUUACCUGAGUUUCUUAAUACAUUUUUUGGUUGAGGCAGUUGUUAUCAUUGUUUUCUUAAUUCUUUGCUGUUGUAAGUGUUAACUGAUAUUAAGAGAACUAAAGCUAAGUGAAAUACAGAUGGUUGUUAUUGUUUGUAAUUUUGUUACACAGCUGACGUGUACAUUAAUUACUGUAUGUCCCAUCACUAGUGCCGGAAGGAGUCGUGCAAUUUUUUUGUCUUGCGCUGUGCCAGCUUUUGAUGCAUCCAUUUUCUUUUGUGACUGGAAUAGAAUAUAUAUGUGUUUAAACAGCAUGCAUUCAGUAUUACAUACAGAUACAGAGAUAGAUGUGAAAGACUGAAAUUCUUGGCUGUUAAAGUUUUUGUGCAUUAUUAGAUUACAGUGGAAUAUGUAAAUAAAAAAUUUGUUUCUUGUUUAUCA